AUGGGAGGGGAGGAGACGCUGCUGAGGCGCGCGGCGCUGGCAGUGGCUGAGAACGAGGAGAGGUAUGAGAGCUUCGGCUGCAUGCCAGAGGAUGUCGCUGAUCGGAUCAUGUACGCCAUUCAACAGAGGGGACAGGUGUCGCUGGGGACCUUGCUCAAGUUCUCCUCGUGCACCCUCACAUCCGUGGGACUGGGCAGCCAUGGCGUUACUGACGACUGGAUGUUCGUGCUGUCAUGCAUGCACUUGAAGACGCUGGACCUCUCCUCCAACCCGUGGCUGACUGAUGCCGGCAUCGCGCUCUUGGUCAGCUUCCCAAGGAGUACAAGCGGGGGGCGGCGCAGCAAGCAAGACGGAGGGCGGGCUUCUCCCAUGCCGAGGAGGAGGAAGAGCUCUUCGAAGAAGAAGAUGGUCAGACAGGAAGGAAGAAACUCUGAAGACUCGGAGAGCGCAGGGUCUACGCCCUCCUCCUCCUCCUGGAACGACUCGUGGAGCAUGGAGGGCUGCAUGAGCCGGUGGAACUUCGCGGGAGGUUCCCCAUCGCUCUCCGUGCAGAGCCUGAUCCUAACAGGAACAGGAGUGUCCAACAGCGGGCUAGCGUUUCUCCCCCAGCUUCCCCACCUCACCAGGCUGGAGAUCGGGCAGACUGAUCGAAUCUCCAAUACCGGCAUGCAGUGGGUGGCCAGGUGUGCUGGACUCUCGGAGCUCCGGUGCACUUUCCUGCCCAAAGUUACCACAGGCGUUCAGUUCCUCUCAGAGCUGAAGGGCCUGACCUACCUUGACUUGCAGGGCUGCUCCAAGUUGACCGACGCCUGCGUGCAGCCGCUGGCUUCUCUUGGAUCCCUCGAGAGGCUCGACCUUCGCUUCUGCCCCAAGAUCAGCAAUGUCAUGUUGAGAACCUUCGCGCUCCUCAAGUCUCUGAGUGACCUGCAGCUGUCCUCCUCAGGGAUCCGCAUCGCCGACACGUCCAACAUGCCGUACUGGGAGCUGAGCGUGCUGAAGCUUGUUUCCAUCUCGCUCUCCGAGUGUCUAAUAGAGCCCAGCAUGCUGUCGACAUUGUCAUGCCUGGAGAGCUUGUACCUCCUCCGAUGCUCCUUCUGCUCUUGCGAUCGAUGCAACCUGAGGCAUGCACACGAUGCGAGGUGCGUGCAGGGGGACUUGCACGGGUCUCUCCUAUCCCUCAAGCGCCUCCGGUCCCUCCAGCUUGUUCGCUGCUCGCUGCCGGACGACUGCAUCGACGCUUCUCUCUUGAACGGGCUGACGAUGCUAAACCUCUGCGAGAGCCAGUAUGCCUCUGCCUCCCUCCGCCAGAUCUUUCAUCAAGGAACGUCCCUUGCAAGCCUGAACCUGAUGGGAUGGGAUGUUGGCCAUGAAGAGGUCGGCGACAAGGGGCAGGAGGCGGAGUCGAGAUCGCUGAGCCUCUCUCUCCUUGAGAGGUUGGAGCUUCCUCGCUUCGUGGGCAUCUCCGCACACCUUCGGGAUUUCUCCGGCUUCUCCAUGUUGCGGACGCUCGACCUGAAGCAUUCCGACAUGCGCGAUGAGGCAGCGGCAUCGCUCAUGAGCUUGCUGUUCCUGGAGUGGAUUGACGUCUCCAAGUGCAAGGCGCUCAGCCUUCACGGGCUGCUCGCUUCCCUCCCUCCCAAUGUCAGGCACCUGUUUGCUCGAGGGCUCAAGGUUCACUUGGAUCAUGGCGAAAGGGCUUCGAGGUCCCUCCCUUCCGGGCAACGGAACAAGCGGGCGGAGGAACAAGAGAGUAUCUUCGAGAUGAGCGACGAGGAGGGCGACGACAACGACGACGAUAACGAUCGGCGAGUGGACGAGCAAGAGGGGGAGUUCGGGAGCUGCCAGGAGGAGGGAGACUACCUGAACUCCUUUCACCGUCUCGAUCAGCUUGAAACCCUUGAUAUCAGCUCCAGCGACAUCCUCAUCUCGAAAUUUCUCGGAGAAUUCCCUCCUACCCUUCGCGUCUUGAAGCUCAACCAGUGCGUGAACGUCUGCAGACAGCUGCACACCAUCCUCCCCGAGCAGCUGCAGCAGAUCGAGCUCAACGGAUGCUACAGUUUCGGGGACGUCGGCCUCCAGUCCAUGGUGCGCAAGUGCAAGCGGCUCAGGGACAUCAGCCUUGUCGGCGUUCCUUUCGGAGAUGCAGGAGCUUGCUCCAUCGCCUCCCUCAACAGCCUGCAGACUCUGAGGAUACAGACCGACUCCCGGACGCCCCUCACCGACCAUGGUCGUGCGAUCCUCUACUCCAAGCCCAAUGUCACGGUGAUCUCCGUCACCAGCGGCACUAGCAUCUACUAG